AUGGCCUACGAAGAUUUCGUUUCCUGGGCCCGUGAAAACAAAGUCGAGCACUCGCAGCCGGAGUUCAAGCCAUCGAACAUGCGAGAUUCGGUGACCGGAUAUGCUGAGCACUGGCUCGCCGAAUUCUUCAACAGGAUGGAAAGAUAUGGAAAGUAUAUGCAAAUGGAGGAGCGAAACGGCCUCAUGGAGGCAUCCGACACUUCGAUGCAUUUCAGAAUGAUUGACUUUUUGGGUUUUCGGUGUGACUGCUGUUUUGAAAUAAAGCCUUUUGAUCUCCUUUCCGAGGACAAAUUCGGUGUGGCAUAUGCUCGACUUGCGAAGCAAUCUGCACGGUCUGGGGAUUUGAACUGGCUUCUCAGACCGAAAAUCCACGCUGCUAGACUUAAUUCUGCGGGAGACAUAUGA